AGCGCAUGCGUAGUACUUUUCGCACGUGUGGUGAACGUUCUGACUGACUGCAUGCAGCAGAGCUUACAGAGUUAGGUUCGCUGUUAAAUAUUAGGUAAAAGAAACAUAUCCUGCGGUUUUGCUGCUUUCUCAAAGCUAGGAGAGAAACAAGGAGUCCUCCGUGAAGCAUUUCGCCGAGAGGGCCGGAGAACUAGGAAAUAUAUUGCAAUGACUGAACCACAAGUGAACCCGAAGGCCUACCCGCUGGCCGACGCUACUCUGACCAAAACCAUCCUGGACCUGGUGCAGCAAGCGUCCAACUACAAACAGCUGAGGAAGGGAGCCAAUGAGGCCACUAAAACCUUGAACAGAGGCAUCGCCGAGUUCAUCGUCAUGGCAGCCGACGCCGAGCCGCUGGAGAUCAUCCUCCACCUGCCGCUGCUGUGCGAGGACAAGAAUGUGCCGUACGUGUUUGUGCGCUCCAAGCAGGCGCUGGGCCGGGCCUGCGGCGUGUCCCGGCCCGUCAUUGCUACCUCGGUCACCAUAAAGGAGGGCUCCCAGCUCAAGCCUCAGAUUCAGUCCGUUCAGAUGGCCAUCGAGAGACUGCUGGUGUGAUCUGACAGCAGCACUGCUGGUUGAUGGGUCCAUCCACUCUGUCCUUAUGUUGGAUUAUUUAAAACAUUUGGCUUUUUUUUUUAAAGAGUAUUGCACGUUUUUAAUUUUGUAGGACCAUCAACUGUAUCUUAAUAAAUUUUAUUUUAUUUUUUACAACUUGUUUCAAUUUUUUUUUAAUUAAAAUGUUGCAUUUAUAAAUCAAAAUUACUUUUCCAUGCAGGUGGGUACGGCAGAGUAUUAAGGCCAUUGUAGAUGGAAAUAUUUUUGCUGAAAAACUCCCAAAAUGUUUAUAUUAAUCUCAGAAAUUUUCUACAAAAAACUUGGAAAUUUCAAAGUUGGAAUAUGUAAAACUCUUUGUUUUUUGAGACGAAUCUCAAAAUUUUAGUUACAACGGCCCUCAUUAUGUCGUACACGGGUAAUCGAAACGAGGCUUUUCAGAAUGUUUUUUUUUUUUUUACAUUUCUUAAUGAUAUAAGUUGAAAUUAAUAUGUAAUGUGAAAAUCAAAUCAUCUUUCACAUUAAAUAUUGAAGUU